AUGGAUGAUUUACAACCAAUCAGAAUCAAGACCUGGAUUCCUUCAGAAAGCCCCGCCCUCUCUGAUUGGGAGAGAGAGAGAUUAGUAAACGCAGUUGGUGAGGCUGUCAGCGAUGUUUCCAGUUUACUGUCAGUGAAACGAGUUGGAGACCGUCUGCUGUUGAAAAGAGAUGAAAACAAGUAUUGCAAAUUCAUCUGGAGAAACAGCAGCAAUUUUAACCACAUGAAAUGUGGAAGAGCCCAUGAGAACUACAGAUUUGAGAGCUGCCUUGGUGUGAUUAUCCCAGAUGAGCACCUGGAUGGCUGUUUUGUUUAUCCGCAUCCUGAGCAUCCAGUACCAACGAUGUUGAGGCCACAGGGGCCUGGAGUUGCCGACACUGACUUCCUGCUUUAUGUGUUCACUCACAGCACUGAUAAAUGCAGAUUAGAGUCUAGUGUACUGGCUUAUGCUGCUCACUGUCAGACGGAUUCAGAUGGGCGUCCUCUGGCUGGCACAAUGGUUAUCUGUAGAGAGACGCUCAGAAAGGAAAGAUACACUUAUCAGCACUUUGUAAAGACAGUUAUCCAUGAGCUGUUCCACGUGUUGGGCUUCAGCAAAGAGCUCCUCAGCCAAUGGAAGGACUGUACAGUUUCCUCUCAGAUUGGCGCGGACUGUUGGUCUUAUGGUCAGGUGACCAGCAGAGACGAGACAGGGCAGGUUAGACUCUACUCUCCUACUGUGAUCAGAGCAAUGCAGAAACACUUUAACUCUACACGCACUGACCUCGGAGCUCCAUUAGAGAACAAGGACGCUGCUUCAGAGGGUAUCUCUUCACACUGGGAGGCCCGUGUGCUUCAGGGCUCCAUCAUGGCUGCUUCACUAGUGGAGGCGUCUCUGGUUCGCAUUGAUUCCAUCACACUUGCUGCCCUCCAGGACACAGGCUGGUAUUCUGUCAACCUCAGUCGGGCUCAGAGCCUGGUGUGGGGAGAAGGCGAAGGCAGUGAUUUUGGGUCCAUCUCUGCCUGUCACAAUUCUUCAGCUUUCUUUUGCACAGGCAGUGGUCUGGGUUGUCAUUUCCUUCAUCUCCACAAGGGGGAGUGUGUGACGGAUCAGUACCUGGAUGGCUGCCACAUUUUUAAACCCCUGGCAAAUGCUAGUGAGUGCUGGAUAGAGGACAAUGCGAAGGGUGGAAUAAAUAAAGGAUGUGGAGAGAUAUUCGGCUCAGACAGUCGCUGUUUCAUAUCCAACAUAACCAGACUGAAUAAUGCGACUUCUUACGCACCAGUGUCAGGUCAUUGUUAUAGACACCGAUGCGCUGGAAUAAACAAAUAUCAAAUUCAAGUGAAGGAUUCUGACUGGAUGGAUUGUCCAGCAGGAUCGAGCAUUGAGGUGCCUGGUUAUCAAGGAUUAAUUUUCUGCCCUAAAAACAGAUUAUGUAAAUAUUCAGAUUUAGCCCCUCCCAUAUCAACACAAAAGACAGAAAACUUUAGUGACACCACUGUUCAGAGUGAUCUUGGUAUGAUGAAGAAAGAUGACGCACUUCAAUCCAGCUUCACGUCUCCCUUCUCAGUCUCUGAGGCUAAGAUCAGCUUGGCAGCGGUAUUGAGCUUGAUGGCUGUUUGCUCCCUGCUGUCUGCUGCAGUGCUCCUCUACAGGAAGAGCUUGUCUGUAAGAGUACAUGCUGCUUCAUGCAGGACACCACUGCCACACAUCCUGUGCAGAAACUAA